UGUUGUAGUUACACUUCCCGCCAGGUAUUGGAGCGGCGCGGAACGCGGAACGGAGACGACCCCGCCCGUUGUUGAUUGACUCGCACCCGGAGAAAGACCUUUAUGUAAAGCCAUCGAUUACUUUAGAUUCACACGGAGAGAGAGAGAGGGGAGAAGAGGAGAUUUUAUUUUAAAAACAACAACAAAAAAAUCAUGUUUCUCCUCACGGCGCUCUGCGUGCUGGCGGCGUCUCGAGCUGGCUUCGUCGCUUCGCUCACGCUGACCACAAGCACCCCGAAGGUGAAGGCGCAAGAAGGCAGCGGGGCGGUACUGUCGUGCUCCUACACUGGCAAUCCCGAGAUCGUCUGGAAGAAAGUGAAGUCAAGCGGCACCGUCUUGGUGUGGAAGAACGGCUUCCUCAAUGACCUCAAAGACCGGGCGACCAUCACGGGCGCAGACAUCAGCAUCGGCAAGACGGUGCGCACGGACAACGCGGUCUACCGCUGCGAGGCCACGGAGGGCACCGAGUUCCGGGAGGUCUCCGUGGAUCUGGUGAUACCAGUGCCGCCCAAGGCGGUGCGUGCGGAGGUGCCGUCCUCGGGCACCCUGGGCGGCACGGUGCGCCUCGUGUGCAGCGAGCCGGACGCCCAGCCCCCGCCCACCUACACCUGGACCCGGGGGGGCAACCUCAUCUUCCCCCAGACCCCGAACAACGACCCUCGCUUUGCCAACACCACCUACAACCUCGACCCCACGGGGGCCGUGCUGACGCUGAGCUCCUUGAAACUGUCGGAUGCUGGGGACUACUUCUGCACGGCGACCAAUGAGGCCGGCACCCUCAAAUCCUCAACGGUCCAAUUGGCCGUGUACCAAACGAACCAUGGAGCCAUAGCGGCCGCGGUCAUCAUCCCGCUGCUCAUCCUCUGCCUCAUUGCCAUCGCCCUCUUCUUCGCCUACCGCAAGGGUCACCUGCCCGUCGGCAAGAACAGGAAGCAGACGACCGUGCAGAAACCGCCAGCGGCCAUGGAGUACCUGUCUGUGGCGGACGAGGGCGACUUCCGACACAAGCCAUCGUUCGACCUUUAACUUCCACCACCCGACCUCCCGACCUCCCGAACGCCCCCUCACCUCUCACUCCACGGCCAGCGAGGGAAAUCCGUCUACAAUCCGCUAAUGCCCCAAACUCCUCGCUACCGUAAAGCCAAACAAAAAUACGUAACGUAAAGUAACUCUAUAUCACGCUGGGGCCGAAAAGGGCAUGGAAUCCGUUUUGUAAGCGCGUACGUGAGCCUCCUUGAUUGUUUUCUUUCUCCUUUUUUGUAUUUUUAUCGCCCGGCAUGUUUCAUUUUUAGGACUUGACGAUGAUGAUAAGUUUAUUAUUUAACCGCUUCACCUCCCCCCCUCCCCCGCCCCGCCGCCGAGCUAUAUUGAGAUGCGUUGCCCGCUUGCAUUUCCCCUUGUACCAUUUGAACACGUAGUAAGUAGCUGGCUUGCGCGACCGAUAUCAUCCAUAACGGAGGGGGGGGGGGGGUGAGCGCGUGGGGGGUGUGAGCGUCUUCCUUUCCGGCGCCCUUAGCAGAUGAACCUCAUUCACCGUAGCUGAGGGGGGGCUGGCUUGUGCUUCCACGCCGAGUUGAGUUUCUGGCUGAUAGCCGCCUCAUCCCCUCACCUCGUCCCUGAGGGAGGAAGGGAGAGAGAGAGAGAGAGGAGGGAGGGAGGGCCCUGCCGUCUUGCCGCCGUGCGCACGAAGCCCAUCUCUUGUUCGCGCGACCUCUCCGGCAGGCUCCGAGUUUUGUGGCCGUUGAGGCAGUUCAGGAUCGCGACGGAGAUUGACCGCGAAGGAGAUGUGGUUUUUUUUUUAUUGCCUCGAGGAAAAGCGAAUCUCGGCAGUCGGUUUCAUCGGGGGAGGUCACGACGUCUGGACCGGCAAGCAACCCUGUGUACGUGGCCAAAGCGUGGUGGUGGUGGUGGUUGUUGUUGUCGAUGUCGAUAAGCCCACAGCGGUGGCAUCACCUUCAGCCGUCUUCUAAGGCCGCAGCAGGAGGAGAGAUUCCCCACAAUUCUGGCCGAAUCGCGUGACGAUGCUGGAUGUCGUCGUCAUCGUCGUUACUCACGAAACGUCACCAGCCGCUCUCUUAAUUGUGUAAAGUUGUCUAUCCACGGGGGGGGUGGCGGGGUGGGCUUUGCCCUGGGCCCCCCCCCCUUCCGACUGUGUAGGGCCCCCCCCCCCCCGCCCGCCUGCAGGAGUCGAUAGAAAGUCGCCGCUGUUGAUGACGACGAUGAUUGCGUUCAUGACGACGAUGUCUGCGUUCUCUGGCGACGGAUUCAUCUUUCUCUCUCUUCCCGUCUUUUUUUUUUUUGAGACUGGAGAGUUUAUUGUUUUGGUGAG